CGUGAAUUGUAAGAUAAGCUGCUUAAGUUUUUUGACACUAUUAAUACGAAGUAUGAAGUAUAUAUUUAGAGUGAUUUUUAAUUUGAAAAUCAACCAUCACGAAAAAAAAAAAUCAAAUUUAUUUUUCUAUUAAGCAAGAAAAAAAAGGAAGUUGGAAGCAAAAAAGGGAAAGAAAGACUGACUUGGCAAUGGCGCGUAAAAAGGGAAAGCCCCCCCAACCCCAACUAACUUUUCUGGCGGGUCUUCGCUGGUUAAUCUUAGUAGUAGCUUACAAACAAUAAAACAAAAAACAAAAAAGAAAGAGCAGACAAAGAAGACCUGGAGUCUUGUCUUCAAUCUUCAACAAAUCCUUCUUCUCUUUCAAAGAUGAAGAAUUGUUGAAGAUUUAACUUUUUCUCAGGGUUGACUGAAGAUGAGAAAAUAUAUAUGGCGAAAACAUUCGUAUGUAAAAGUGGAGGAAGAUCACCCAGGAUGUAUUUGGACCGUAUUCCAAAUGUUUAAUUAUCCUCCUUGGCAUAACGUCAAAAAAAUGCUUCCUUACAACAAGCAUAAAUCCCAUGAUAAUAAAUCAACCAAAAGUAAAGGAAUAAAGUCAGAUGUUGAGCAUGAAAUUAACCUAUCACAAGAAUUGGAGGAGGAUAUGAUGUUAAAGUACUCUGCUGUUAAUUCGGGCUCUUCAAGAAAUGGUUUGGCUAGUAAGAGGUCUAUUAAAUCCAGAAUUAGAGGAUUAAUGAAAGAAAAAAAAAACUCAAGAGAAUUAGAUUUGCCUGAUCAAGAGACUGAAUUAUCCCAAGGCCUCAAGGAUAAGUCAUGUGAUGACGAUGAUUAUGCUCCAACUUUAAUGUCUCUUCUUAAGGCAAAUCCGAAACUGAUCAAAAGCAUUAAUCGCGUUGAUGAAUCGAGUAAUAUGAAACCGGAAACAAAGGUUAAGCACAAGGAUACGAAGAUGGAAAAUGAUUAUGUGGGUGUAUUGGAGUUGUAUAAAGUUGAUCAUGACUUGUUUUUAAGAAUUAUGCAAAAUAGUCCUCCAAAAAAUACGAAGUUGGUUAAGUGUGGGACAUUUCCUUCCUUAAAUUCUUCGAAUUCUGAAAGAGAAAGAAGACCUGCCAAAGUUGAACACAAGUACAAUGAAGUUUGGCCUGUGUCUGGCACUGCGCGUCAGCUGAAGAAGGCGAAGUCACAGAACGUUGGAAGAUCAUUAUCUGUUACGGAGCACUCCUUGGAUAAAUAUGCUUAUUUGUUUGAUAGUAGUAGUAAUAAAGCAAUUAAGAGUCAUCUAUCUAAGAGCUUAAGGUUAAGGAAUGAGAAGGAAUUCGGAACAUUGAAUGAUCUUCAAGGGCAGAGAUCUUUUAGAGAGGGACUUUAUUUGUCUGAGAUUGAGUCUCCUUUACCCACUACGAAUGAGCCAUCUCGAGGUAGUCUUGAAAGAUGGAACACCAUGAAUUAUGGAGAAGCUAGAGGAGUAAGGCUUGAUUCCCCUAGAGAAAAUGUGAGUUUAGCCAAAUCACUAUCAAAAGGAAAGGAAAAUAGGCUCGUUGAGGAACAGUUUGAUGCCAUGGCAAUAGCUAGCAGUCGCGAAAUUAAUCUAGAAAUUUGUACUCAGAAUGACGAGAUUGAACAUGUGGAUUGGCCUAUGUCAUCAGAAGGAUCACCAUUAGAGUUAAACCGCCUGUCUACAUUCUCUAGAAAAACGGAGGAUGACACUCAAGACUCAAACUUCAACGAUGACUUGCAGUAUGUGAAAUAUGUACUUGAUAUAGCAGGCCUAGCUACAUCAGAAAACCAACGCGAAGAAUGGCACUCGCAAACUCAGCCACUUGAUCCUGCACUAUUUGAUGGAAUUGAGGUUUGCUGUCCUUUUGAGCUCAAAUCAUUGGACAAAGAUGAAAUUUUCAUGUCAAGCUCUCACCAAAAGCUCGUGUUUGAUUUAAUCAAUGAGGCUUUGAUUGAUAUUCGUGAACGGUCCUAUGUAUGUUACCCCAAAUCCUUAUCAUUCUGGUGCCAUGUUAGUCCUACAACAACAGUUAAAAGGAGCGGUGUUGGGGAAGUUUGGAAAUUUGUUAGGGAGUACUUAAGUUGGAUGCCAGAGUUAGAUCCUUCACUUGAUAUUGCAGUGGCUCAUGACUUAUCAAAGGACAAAAAUGGUUGGGUCAAUCUUCAAACAUAUACUGAAGGUCUUGCUCUUGAAUUGGAGGACUUGGUUUUCAAUGAGUUGUUGGAUGAAAUUGUUAGUUAUUGAUUGUUAUGCCUCUUGGUUGGCUCACCACUCACCUGCAAUAAUACUUCAUGCAGGAUGAUGUAUAUUGUAUAAAGUAAUGUGCCUUAUUCGUUUGUUUAUCAUUAAUUAGUUACUCCGUAUAUACUUAAGGUAUAGGAAGAGUGUAAGUUGUUAUUAGAUGAUGAAAUAUCAUAAUUUAUAUAAUAGUAUUACUUGUAUUAUCUUCUAACUUACUACGUAAUUGCAAAUUUUUUGAAAUG